AUGACUGAACAGGCGAUGGGAGCCACAAGUGUGCCUGGCAUUAUUGCCCCCAGUAAUGUCCACGUCACCCAGCCCAGGUAUCCUGUGGCCUUUGAAAGCCAUGGGCAGCCUUCAGGGCUGACUGCUUACCCAACCUCAUCAAUAGUGAUCCAGUGUGAUUCAAGACACGCAAACUUCCAGAACCCACUUGUGGUGAACCAGAAUCCAGCAGGCAUGACGGGUGCACAGAGUCAACCUGUGGGGCUCCUGUAUCCUGUGGGACUGACCAGAUUGCAGCCUCCACCUGGAAUGACCCAAAACACACAGGGAAUGACAGAUUUCCAGCCCCUGCCUGGAGGUCCUCAGACGCCCCUGAAUAUGAAUCCUGGGAUGACAUGCACUUCCAACCUGUUCCAAUGGAACAUGUCAUUUGAGGCAUUUUCUGCAUUCGAUCCCAAGAAAUUCAUCAAAGAGGAGGUCAGGACACUGGAGGCAAGUGUGAGCGCUUCUCUUCAGUCUGUUCACAUUAUAAACCCACCUCGCGUGCACUUGGAUGAAGAAGGAUCCAAGGUCUUUGGAGAGGCUGCUAUCCAGAUCCUCAUCGGCCUGACACACUUUUUCUCUGGAGUCAACAGUGAUCUGUAUUCCAAGAAAUCUGCCACCGGACUGUCAGCGUAUCUGAUCUGGGGAGGCAUAUUU